AUGGACCACCCCGGCAGCUUCAAGGCGCGCGACCAGCCCCUUUUCCACAAGAGAAACUGGCAAGAGCGAUCAUUCACUGUCGGCAUUGGCGGUCCGGUCGGGUCUGGCAAGACCGCCCUCAUGCUGGCGCUGUGCCAGAAGCUAAGGGACAACUACAACAUCGCGGCGGUGACCAACGAUAUCUUCACCAAGGAGGACGGCGAGUUCCUGGUCAAGAACAAGGCCCUCGACCCGGAGCGGAUCGUGGCCAUCGAGACCGGUGGCUGCCCGCAUGCGGCCAUUCGCGAGGACAUUUCGGCCAACCUGCUGGCGCUCGAGGAGCUCUCCCACAAGUUCAAGACGCAGCUGCUGCUGAUCGAGUCCGGCGGCGACAAUCUGGCGGCGAACUAUUCGCGCGAGUUGGCGGACUACAUCAUCUACGUGAUCGACGUGGCUGGCGGCGAUAAGAUUCCUCGCAAGGGCGGUCCCGGCAUCACGCAGUCGGAUCUGCUCGUCAUCAACAAGACCGAUCUUGCCCCCGCCGUGGGCGCCGAUCUCGGGGUCAUGGAACACGACGCCAAGAAGAUCAGGGAGGACGGACCCACCAUCUUCGCGCAGGCCAAGCACGGCGUGGGCGUCGAUGAAAUCGUCCAGCUCAUCGUCCAGUCGUGGCAGGAAGCCACCAGCCACUAG